UAUGGUUAACGUGGCAUUGCGGGGAGCACGCAUGCGCAGUGGCUCUGUCCCGGUGUGAACAUGGCGUCUGUCAGGAUGAAGCCGUGCGUGUUGUCGGUUUUCCUCCUCCACGUUUUCUCCGGACUCGUGUCCUCGCUGUAUUUUCACAUCGGAGAGACGGAGAAGAAAUGUUUCAUCGAGGAGAUCCCGGACGAGACGAUGAUCAUCGGAAACUACCGCACUCAGCUGUACGACAAACAGCGGGAGGAGUACCUGCCCGCCACUCAGGGUCUGGGCAUGUUCGUGGAAGUCAAGGAUCCUGACGACAAGGUGAUUCUGUCUCGUCAGUACGGCUCCGAGGGAAGAUUCACCUUCACGUCGCACACGCCUGGAGAGCAUCAGAUCUGUCUGCACUCCAACUCCUCCAAGUUCUCCCUGUUCGCUGGAGGCCUGCUGAGGGUUCACCUGGACAUCCAGGUGGGCGAGCAUGCCAACAACUACGCUGAGAUCGCCGCCAAAGACAAACUGACGGAGCUGCAGCUGAGAGUGCGACAGCUGGUGGAGCAGGUGGACCAGAUCCAGAAGGAGCAGAACUAUCAGAGGUAUCGUGAGGAGCGUUUCCGUCUGACCAGCGAGAGCACCAACCAGCGAGUCCUGUGGUGGUCCAUCGUCCAGACCCUCAUCCUGGUCGCCAUCGGCAUCUGGCAGAUGAGACAUCUCAAGAGCUUCUUCGAGGCCAAGAAGCUGGUGUAACCAACCGUGUGUGUGUGUGUGUGUGUGUGUGUGUGUGUGUG